AUGGUACGCUUCCAGAGAAAAGCGGAAACAAUGCACAUUAAUUGUGAGAGGCUUCUGUAUGACGAUAAGGGGAACUAUUCGAAGAUAAUGGCAGCAUCACGUACUAAGCUGCCCGAUCAAGGACUGUCGAUGAGCUGCGAACAUAUUCGAGCUCGAGUGCUUCCUCCGAAGCCACUUGAUCAACUGCUAUUUGGAGUAGCGCAUAUACGCAUAGUAUAUGAGAGUUACGAAUUCCUCGAGGAUGAACUUAGAUCAAGCUAUCAUCCGCAGAAUAUCUUUUGUUAUUCUAUCGAUUAUAAAGCAAAGCAAGAAUUCACACAGAGGAUAGAAGCACUCGCGAAAUGCCUUCCCAAUAGCGUUUUGCGGUUGGGAAGGAAUGGAAUAAAUGGAACUCGCGCACACUACGAAUGCAUGAAAGCGGUGAUGGCGUACAAAAGCUGGGGAUAUGCUAUACUAAUGCAGAACUAUGACGUCAUGAUCAAGACUGUGUAUGAAACUGUUUCUAUAUUGGACAUGCUCGCAGGAGCGAACGAUGUGCACAUGAGACCAUGUGAAGGAUAUCGCUUACAAUGA